ACUAAGCAUGAGUAUACGCAUGUUUAGUGGCUGAGACUGACCCGUGAAUUCACUCGCGCGCUUUUUCCCUUCUAAACGUAAAUUUCCUUAGCCGCCAAGGAAAUUUACUUGGAACGCUUAAAGAAGAUACUUGCAGAACUUUAAUUUCGACCUUUAAAGAACGUCUGGGACGAAUCCAAACAAGUAUCAUAGUUGAUUUCGAGGAAUCGAAUUAAUUAAUAUCCAAAAUGCAGAGCGGAGAAACGGCCCUGGAAAUGGAACAGGUACCUGCUGCUGUUCAAAUGGGGCGCCAUGCACCACUCCGAGAGGAACCUCCGAAAGAUCACUUUAUACUGGCUGUGGUGUCCGUAUUCUUUUGUCCUUUGAUUGGUGUGCUUGCUGUCUGCAUGUCACGUUUGACUAAUUUGCGAUACGAAGAAGACGACAUAAAAAGAGCACAGGAUGCUUCUAAGGACGCGUGGUUCUCAGCAUUUCUUGCCAUUUUCCUCGGAGUUAGCAUCGUCUUCUUUUUUAUCUUCAUUGAAGCUAUUGUACCAAGUUUUGCUUAGAAAUUAUGGUACACUUCAAUUUGAUGAUUUUCAAGGUCUUUUUAGAAUGGAACGUCACGAAAAAUUUAUAGGUCUAAUUCGAACUUACAGUCGAAUAAUUGGUGAGGGCGUGGAAAGUAUGUAUAUGUAAAUGAUAAAAACCUAAAAAUGUAUUCGUGUUAUUACAGUAAUAUGCGAUUAAUCAGAGCCAAUUCGACUUCAGCGCAAAAUGUAUGACGAAAUGAUUUUAUUAGAUUUCUUUCUGUGAUCAGCCUCGAAAGACUAUUCAAUUGUAUCGUUACUUUCCAAUAAACAUAUCCAGUGGCACUUGAAGAA